AUAUCAGUGUAUUUGGUUAGGAAAACUGGCUAAUUUGGCAUUUUUAGUGUCUGCCUUGUGCUGCUCGACGCGAAAGUUGACGCCAAGCUCCGGGAAGACGAGCAGGGUGGGGAUGACACUGACACGCCUCAACGUCGCCCGCGGUAGGGGAAGUGCUGAUCUGUAACGGCGAUAAACCUCUGUCCUCCGUCCUCCCUCCACCCUCCACCCUCCUCCCGCUAUACAGCAACACCGUUUCUCUGAAGGAUUCAUGGGACAGACGAUUUCCUUGGAGAGUAGCUUGGAAAUAAUCUUCACUCGGUAGCAACCUACAUUGUACACGAUUUUUAAGUCUGUUGAUUCGUUCAAUGGUUCGUUAAUGCUGUUUGUGAGCUUUCGCAUAAUAUAAAAAAGACGCAAUUAUCUGUUAGUCGGUACGCAUGGAAAAAAAGCAAGACAAACGAAUCGGUAAGUUAGGGCGACUUUAUUUAAGUGCGAAACGGAAGAAAAGAAGAGCAACGGCUCUGAUUGAGUACCAGAAACAAAGGUAAGAUAUAGCGAUACCGAUAUUAAUUUUUCUUUUAUUAAUGUAAAAGAACACCGGAUAAUUCCAAACCCGGCUAAAAACUAUUUUAAGAAACAUGUUUUACAACCUAGUUUAUACAAUGCAUUUAAUUUUUUUAGAAAAAUCCGAAGAGUUGAAGAAUAUGGUGCAGUUCAAGAGGAAGUCAACAGCACAGUAACUGAUCCCCAAACGGCUAACUUGACGGCUCAUUUUUCUUUACCAGGAUCAAGCAACGCAGGGAAUGAAAAUAUGGUUCUGAAUCCUGAUGAGGAGACAGUCACCAAAUCGUACGCCAUACUUCAGCCACCAAUCCAACUGCAGGAAACGGAAGCCGGUGUUUUUCAUUGGUCCACGGAAGUGUCUGACACAAUCAUCAUAGAAAACAUCAACAUCGUUGAAAACUCUGAAUCAGCUAAUAAAAUGGCGUAUGAAAUGAGCAGUGUUCAACAGAAAAGAAAGAUGUUUGAAGAAGUCAGCACCUCAGAUACUGCGGCAAAAGGCGAAUAUUCUACAUCCACAGACAACGAAGAACAAACAACGGUUUUGAACACUGACUUCAUUCACGGUAGUAACGAAUUUGAUUCUGAGCCUGUGGCCAGCUCUUCUCUAAUAAAUAGUGCUGACAAAAUACCCAUGCAUACAGAAAAAGAGAUUCAUGCCGACCGUAAUUUGGAAGGAGUCAGGUUCGUUGAACUGAUGUAUUUUAUAAAUAAACUGGUUGAAAUAAGUAACCAUAUUCCUGCUUUCGGUUGUACUCUAGCUAAUAUGAGUGUCGUAAGGGAGGUAAUUAGAGGGUUUUCUUCCAUUAUUGUGUUUUCUUGUAAUAUGUGUAACAGAACCUUUUCAGUUCCAACUCACAAUCCAAGUAGUCCUUCGUACAUGGAUGUCAAUUCUAGGGCAGUUUCUGGAAUCAUGAGCAUCGGUGGUGGACUUUCACAUCUGGAAGAGUUUUGUGCGACUGUGGGUGUACCAUGCAUGUCAGCAAUGACAUAUUCAAAGUAUCACAACAAAGUGUGUGACGGAUGGGAAAAAGCAGCAACAACUCAGAUGAAAGAAGCUGUUGAAGAAGAAGCAGCUUUAGCAAAACAAAGAGGGGACGUGGAUGAAUUUGGAAUUCCACUUUUGACAGUGGUUGUAGAUGGCUCCUGGUCCAAAAGAUCCUACAAAACAAAAUACGAUGCAUUAUCUGGUGUAGCUGCAAUAGUGGGCUAUGAAACUAAGAAAGUUAUUUUCAUGGCUGUCGCUAACAAAUAUUGCUAUGUUUGUGCUCGAACAAUAAAUGGAACUAUUCCCCAGCAUGUUUGUUACAAAAAUCAUGAAGGAAGUUCUAGCAGCAUGGAAGCUAAUAUCAUUCUUGAAGGCUUUCAGCAAAGUGAGGCUGAACACAAUGUUAAGUAUGCCAGGAUGAUUGGGGAUGGGGACAGUAGUGUUUACAAAAAAAUUUUGGAAGCACGUCCUUAUAAGAAUAUUACUGUUGAGAAAAUCGAGUGUAGGAACCAUCUUUUACGAAACUAUCGUCGGAAGUUGAUGAAUGUGAGUGAAAACAGUUCACUUGGCAUUGCCGCCCUAAGAAAAGUCGUGUGUAACAAGAUAAGCAAAAUUGUAUCAGGCGUACAGAAGGCAGUUGCAUACCGAAAAACUGAAAACACCAUUCAAAACAAUCGAAUUCAAGGCUUGAAGUAUGAUAUUGAAAAUGGUACUAGCCAUGUAUUUGGUGAGCACUUGGAGUGUCGAAAAUUAGGAUAUUUCUGUAAUAAUCGAAAGGAAGGUGAAAUUAAUUAUGUCCCAGAACUUUCAAAAAAGUGGUCUGUAUUCUCAACACACUCUACACAGGCACGUAGCUUGAUAUUUGAUGUUGAUAAUAAUGCUGCAGAACACUUCAACUCGGUCAUUGCUAAGUUUUCUGGUGGUAAGUGUAUAAACUAUACCACCAGAAGGUCAUACCAGGGAAGAUGUGCUGCUGCUGUGGUAGCACACAAUACGAGAAUGCCACAUUACAUUCUUCACAAGACAAUGCAGGAUGGCAUCAGCCCUAACAAAGUUGCAAAAAAAUUGGAACUUAAGCGCAAAGCUAGAAUUAAUAAAAGACGAAAUAAUAAAAAGUGCAGAAGAAUCGAUUUUAGGAAAUCUCUAGCCCAAGCAAUCAGUGACAAAGAUUAUGGGCCGCAGUGCCAGAAACCAGACAUGCCAGUGGAUGUAUACCAACAAGAAGAAACCAGAUUAUUACAGUCCAUUCCGAAAACUGAUGAAGAACGCCGUCAAAUAGAAAGAGAAACGAUACUACAAGCAGGAAGUGGAGAAUGGCUGGAAAUGAGACGGAAACUAUUGACAGCUUCAAAAUUCGGGAGGGUAAUACGUAUAAAGCCAACAACAAGCUGCAAGAACCUAGUAAGAGCCAUAAUAUACUCUCAUGACAUACUUAAUGUUCCAGCAGUACAACAUGGCAGGCAUUCCGAAGAAAUAGCCAUCAAACAGCUAGAAGGCCAGGAAAAAAUUAAUAUAAGUAAAGCUGGUCUUUUUAUUGACCAAGAACACCCAUUUCUUGCCGCAACACCCGAUGGCCUUGAUGGCGAAGACCGUCUCGUAGAAAUAAAGUGUCCUGCUUCGGCAUAUGGAAUGGACAUAAGUGAAGCCAUGCGAGAAGGCAAAAUAAAGUAUUUGAAAUAUUCUGAAGAAUGUUCUACUGUCAUUUCGUUAAAAAAAAUCAUGAAUAUUUCUACCAAGUCCAGGGUCAGCUUCACAUAACCAGAAGGGAUAUUUGCUUGUUUGGCAUCUGGACUUCGAGCCAAAAGAAAGUAAAAGUAUUGGAAAUUUUCAGAGACGACACAUUCUGGAAAGAAAAAAUGGAGCCAAAACUCGUUUUAUUUUAUACACAAUGCGUUCUUUCGGAAUUAGUUGAUCCUAGACACACAAGAAAUAUGGAAAUUCGGGAUCCACCGCACAUAACAGAGGCUAUCAAAAGCCAUAAGAUAAAAUGCAUGGGAAAACGAAGAUCGUCCAAAACAAAACCGAAUAUUACAUCCUGAUUAUAUUAAACGUGAACAUUUUUCAAGCUUUUGCAGAACUUUCAAGAAAAUGUUGGUCUUGGAUAAUCAUUCAAACUAAUUUUUAUAGUGACCUGUUUGAUUUAUCUGUCUACGUCGCCUGCUCACUUAGCUUCAUAGACUAUCACCUUUCAUACAGGAAAUUAUUCUUGCUCAUUGUUUCCAGAACGUUUAACCAUGACAAGCAUUUUCAUGAACCUUCAUAUUUAGUAUGCCAGCACCUACAUGUGCAUAAGAAAGUAUAGCCCGUGUGGUCACGUUCAGUGCCAACCUAGAGAAUCAUUACCGUAAUCCAUAGGCGUGCCCAGACAUUUCCAUUAGGGGGGGCCCUGCUAAAUUUUUAAAUCAGAAGCUGAAUUUAGAAUGUUAAAUAGCCUAAAUACAUUCACUCAUUGCGUGUUUAUAUUUUUGUGCAGUAUCGAUGGGAUAUGAAUGUUUACUAGUUAAUAUUUAUAUCCGUAUAAUUUUAGCAAUCUUGAAAAUAUGUUUUUUUUCCAUAGACAAUGUUUAAAGGGUACUUACACAUUUUUCCCUCUCGAAUUUUCCAAUAGCUUGGUCCAGAUCUACCUUGAAAUUAACUUCUUUUUAGUGAAUGCAAACACAGCAAUUCAGACAACGGAACUUUAACAAACCUCUUAAUUUUUUUUUUUUGCUUGGCCAUUUUAAGGGACCUCGUGUUUUAAAUAAACAAAGGCGGCUGUAUUUCCAGAACGAUAAAAUGUUUAGAAACAUUGAUAAUUACCACACUGCAACACUGAAAAACAGUUUGAGUGUCACAGUGCCAGGAAUAUACGAAUAUUAACGAACGCAUUAGAGAAAAUGCCGAUCUGAGUGAUUACAUUAGGGGGGGCCAUGGCCCACCUGGCCCCCCCCUGUAGGCACGCCUAUGCCGUAAUCAUUUUGGAUAUGUAAAAAAAUAAAAUAUCUUACCUAUAAUGUAAAUUUUAAAGCUGAGUUAAGCUUUCCAGAAUGGUUAAAUGCUCAAGUGAGUAAUGGUGCUUUAAAAGUAUAGAAGACAUUGCUUGUUUAGGUGAAUAAAUACUGAGGUGGUCGUAACUGUUACUUAGUUUGAAGGAAAUUAAUUCAUUUGGCAGCCAAUUGAGAAAUUUUGUAAAAUUUGUAAAUGAGAAAAAAGAGAAUUUCCUAAAAAGAGUGUUCGGUAUGCAUAAACUUCUUGUCUUGUAAGUCCUAACAAAAAUGAGAAACGAAAUAAAUUUCGUUAUACUUAUUAUGUAUAAUAGCGACCAUAAAAAUAUUUUGCUUCAGUGGUAAGCUGAAUUAAAUUCAGUAUUUUGUUGUUUUAAAAGUGUGGGUGCAUUAAAUCAAAUAGUAUAAAUGCAUGUCUAGUAAAAAAUAUAAAGCUUAUGUACAUUUUUGUGCGUCACAGGUAAAACCAAUUUGUGUGUAAUUCUACUAAACUUGUUUAAAUAAUCUGUUGUCUUUUACUUUAUCGGAUUUGUAAAAUUAUUUAUAUUUAAGCAUUUGUUUCUCUUUAAUACCUCUCUAAAGGCCAUCUACAUACUUUAAAGAUUGUUGGACUUUUCUGCAAACUGUUUUGAAAAAGGUUUUUGUGAUGUAAAAAUAUUUGUGUUUGAAAUGUCUAUUAUACCGUACAAUUUUUUUUAAUUUGUCUUUCUUGGAAGUAACUCGUGCGCACGUUGGUUUAAUUUAUAGUGCUCUUUUUAAAUUUCUUUGUCUUUUUUAACAUAAUGAACAUUGUCUAUUGGUGUGAAACAAAAUGCAUGAAUUACAUGUGAAAUAAAUACAUGUUUUUUAAUGUGGAAUUAUGUAACGAUUUUUUGUAUAGUGCAUUUUUCUACCACGUCCAAAUAAAAUAUAUGCUACUUGCAUGAUAACUCAUUGCCAUGACACAAGUGAAACAAUUACAAAGAAAAUUAUUCCAUCUUAUAAAAACACGAACACUUUUUUUUUUUAACAUAAUACAUAAUAUGUAUGAAUUUCGAAACGCUUUUACAACUAUCAUUGACAGAUGCGAGUUAUAUAAAAUACAUAACAUCGAUUCGGAAAAUAUAUUUAACUUCGGCAAGAUUUGUUUGCAGAAUAAGGUAAUUUCAUGUUCCUUGGAGGAUAUGUAACGUUUAAUAUCCACGUGACUUCGAAAAUUACGAUGUAAUGUCACUUUUCCCAUUUCACGUAAAAGUUUGUGUUUUUAGCAAAAACAUAGUAAUGCAUUUUAUCUUUUUUUUUACUUAUGAACUACUACCCACGCGUAAAAAAGAUGCUACCAUUACGAUAAACAUACUUUUCGCUUUAUUUGACAUUUGAGUUGAAUGAAACGUUGUGUGUAGCCACUGUUAGCUCGCGCGGCGCUCCGCUCGUACGGGGAAGGCAGGCAGGCAGGCAGGCAGGUAGCAAUGCUGUCGAGACAUCCCGACCCGUACCGCGCCGUCAUGAGGAGGGAAUGACCAUGGAGUGAGGGAGGGUAAACCGAGUCCAUCCCCUCCACCGACAUCAUUUCGCCAGGAUGCGCUCCUAGUAGGCCACUCCUCCAAGGCUAAACUCCGCCCAGGCUAGAAGUAUUUUGUGCUGCUCGCGCCGGAUUCUGAGUAGCCGCUUCUCUAUAUACCACUCUUAAGGCCCCCGCCUCGUCAGAGGUGUGCGUGUGUUGGCCAGGCUCGCUGGUGCGUCUAGCGCGGUGUCUCCUCUGGACUGGCGCGCAGUCUUCUCCCAGUGCAUAUGAGCGGUGACCGUAACAUUAUAUGGCAUAGAAAUGAAGACAAAGGUGUAAUGCAAGAUCCUUUGAGUGCUUUCAAGAUAGGGUACCGGAUGUUUUAUGACUAAAUAUUACUCUGAAAACAUGCUUUUUAUCCAUUUUAACUCUUCUAAAAAUACAGUUUAGAAAUUUAAUCCGAAAUCAAAAGUACUUUUCGGCCCUCAGAGAACUCUUAAAUGCUUUUCGUAAGCAGACCCCACCCGGAUAUCUUGAGUAGUUUUGAAAUCGCUUUGUUUUACCUGAAGCUCGGUGCAUCGUAUGUGUGCCCAGGAGCUGAGGUGUUGCAUCCAGGCGCAUUCUGAGAAAAUAAUGUUUCCUCUACUUUUACAAAACGUUUCCUUUGGAAACCAGUCGCCAAGAAAUAGUCUGUAAUACCUACUUCAAGAAAGGUAUUGUUACUUCGUACAACACAUGCCUACAGUUAUUUUGUGUAUGUAAGAGAUAAUUUUUAGAGAUAAUACUGAGUAUGUCAAACGAAAAUUGGCGCAAAAUACUAUUUUCAAACGAUGGAAAAUAUGAUAGAAUAUUCAACAAUUGGACUUUAUUUUGUUUUAUCAUGCUUAUUAUGUGCGCAGUUUAUACUGGAAAGCUAUUUAGAAAACGGUUUGAAAAUAACUUUAUUUAAUAAUGUAGGUAUUGGGACUACACAAAGUAUAAAUGCCCGGGUAAGAAUCCGAACCCAUUAUUACUGCAAACCCUUUUUCGUAGUGACACAGUUGUUUUAAUACAAGUGUAGAAAUAUACGAAUAUCUAGAAUUUUACAUGAAUAUUUUUAUUCCAUUUGCAAAAAAAAAUAGAGUGUAGGGUAAAUGAUAUUUGAGCGGUAACUAUAACAACAAAGGGCAAGGAAAUUAAUAUAAAACUGUAAUUCAACUAACUUGAGUGCUUUCAAGGAAACUGUACCAUAUUUUUGAUGCCUAAAGAUAAUUCUGAAAACACACUUUUUUUUUUUUUUUUCAAUUUUCAACCUUCUAGAAUUUGAAAUUAUUUUUGCGUACAUACAGCACUACGAUGUCUUGAGCAAUUUUUUCCAAAUUAAGUGGUAUUUUGUUUGAAGCUCUGCACACCGCAUGUGUACCCAGAUAGACAGGGGCCUUAAUUAUCACACUGGGAUCACAACAUCGCGAAAGGCACGACGCCGAAACGCAACGUGUACAGAAUUAUUUCCUAAACUAUAACCUUUUAUUCACACGAGUGACGUCACGUCACUGAUGUCGUCAGUGCCACAACGUUCGCGAGCACGACAGACUUUCCGAGUAGAAAGUUUUCUAUUUCCAUCGCGUCGCAGGAGCGACGUAACUGAAAUUCGUGUGAGAUUUUGGUUUUAGAGUGAUAGUCAGAC